AGAGAGAGGAGACUCUGAGAUGAGCAACGUGCGCUGAAUCUAAAGCAGAGCCCCGGGUAGGAGAGAGUCUGACGCUCGAGCGAUCGGAUCCUGAGGGGACAAACGGCACUGCAUGAAUUAAAGCGCAGCGUGCGUUCGGUUCGAGACACGCGCGCGAGCUCGCACUCAUGGCUUCGCUCUACCAGAGGUUCACUGGGAAGAUCAACACGAGCGCGUCGUUCCCCGGUCCCCCGGAGGCCAGCCGUCUGCUCGGCGCGCGCGACAAGGCGACCAGGAGUCCUGAGCCGCAGCUCGAGCGCCGACGCGGGACCGCGCGCGAGGACGAGGACGAGCUGGUGGGGAGCGCUCCUGCUCAGAGGAACUGGAAGGGGAUCGCCAUCGCCCUGCUGGUCAUCCUGUUCAUCUGCUCUCUGAUCAUCACCUCCGUCAUCCUGCUGACGCCACGUGAGGAUGACAGCUUGGCCUCCAGGAAGAAAGUCACAGUGGAGGAUCUGUUCAGCUCCGAGCUGCAGGUUCGCGACCCCCAGGCCAAGUGGCUCAGUGACACGGAGCUGCUGUACCGUAACCAGGAUGGAGACGUGCUCAGACUGGAUGUGGAGAGCAACAGCACCGAGGUCCUGGUGGAGAACAAGAUGUUUGAAACGUAUAAAGCUAGCAAGUAUCAGGUGUCUCCUGACCUGACUCACGUUCUCCUGGCCUACAACAUCGUCCCACUGUACCGGUACUCCUACACGGCCUCGUACAUCAUAUGCAGCCUGAAAACGCCGGACUCUGUGGUUUUAUCCGCUCCUGAAGUGCAGAACACGACACUGCAGUUUGCUGGAUGGGGUCCGAAAGGGCAACAACUGAUCUUCAUCUUCGAGAACAACAUCUACUACCAAGCCACAGUGAAGGACAAACCCAUCCGCCUGGUCACUACAGGACGAGAGGGCGUGGUCUUUAACGGACUCGCCGACUGGCUGUACGAAGAGGAGAUCUUCAGGUCUCGCGCCGCACACUGGUGGUCCCCGGACGGCCUCAGACUCGCCUACGCCACCAUCGACGACACUCAGGUGCCCAAGAUGGAGCUGCCCAUGUUCACGGGGGGCCUGUACCCCGGCGCCCAGGAGUACCGCUACCCCAAAGCCGGAGAGGAGAACCCGGAGGUGUCGGUGUCGGUGGUGAGUCUGAACGGGCCACUCCACACCGUGCGCAUGAAGAAGCCCGAGGACCCCCGGAUCGGGAAGGAGUAUUACAUCACCAUGGUGAAGUGGGCCACCAGCACCAAACUCGCCAUCAACUGGCUGAACCGCGCGCAGAACAACUCCAUCCUCACCCUGUGUGAAGCCACCACCGGCAUCUGCACCAAGAAACAUGAGGACGAGAGUGAGAGCUGGCUGCACAGGCAGAACGAAGCUCCGCUGUUCUCCAGAGACGGACUCAGGUUCUUCUUCACCCGCGCAGUGCCACAGGGGGGGAGGGGCAAGUUCUACCACAUCUCCAUGUCCACCUCACAGCUCAACAGUAGCUCAGACACACUGCAGUCGCUGACGUCAGGUGAUUGGGACGUGACAGAGAUUUUAGCGUACGAUGAGGACACACAGCUGGUGUACUUCCUGAGCACAGAGGACAACCCGAAGCGACGCCACCUGUACAGCGCGUACACCACAGGCUCAUUUAACCGCCGCUGUCUGUCCUGCGAGUUCAGCUGCGGCUUCGUCAGCGGCUCCUUCAGCCCCGACGCCAACUACUUCCUCCUCAACUGUAAAGGUCCCUCGGUUCCCUACACGGCCGUCUACAGCACCCGAGACGGACUCUACGAGAAGCUGCUGGACGUGGAGAUGAACGAGGUGCUGAACUCCACCAUCAGCAACAUGCAGAUGCCCCGAGUGGAGUAUCAGGAGAUCAUCAUCGAUGACUACACUCUGACCAUCCAGAUCCUGAAACCUGCAGCGUUCACAGACACGGCACAUUACCCCUUACUGCUGCUGGUUGACGGCACCCCCGGUGGUCAGAUGGUGACGGAGCAGUUCCAGGUGGACUGGGCGACGGUGUUGGUGAGCUCCUACAGCACCAUCGUGAUGCGAUUCGACGGGCGUGGCAGCGGCUUCCAGGGCACCAACCUGCUGCACCGGGUCAAGAGGAAGCUCGGAGAGUUCGAGGAGAUCGACCAGCUGGAGGCGCUCAGCAUCAUAACUAAAGCGGCGUACAUCGACAAGACCAGGAUCGGUGUGUACGGACGGGUGUACGGUGGUUACCUGGCGACCCUCCUGCUGAGCUCCGAGGACUCGCUCUUUAAGCACAACUUUAAGUUUAAAUGCGGCGCGGCCGUCUCGCCCAUCACCGACUUCAGCCUGUACGCCUCUGCGUUCUCCGAGCGCUAUUUGGGAUCUCCUCGAUCCAAUCCCAGAGUGUAUGAGAUGUCGAGUUUGGCUCAUCGAGCAGGUCAGCUAGAGGACAAGAACUUUUUAAUAAUUCACCCCACAGCGGAUGAAAACGUCCACUUCCAGCACACCGCCAAAUUCAUCAACUAUUUAAUAAACAAAAAGGCUAAUUACACGCUGCAGAUCUACCCUGACGAGGGGCACUUUUUGCACUCGGAGGCAUCUCGGCAACACCUGGACCAGUCGCUCGUCGGCUUCUUCGAGACGUGCUUCAGACCGCCGGAGGUCGUCCCUGAGGACGAGCUGGAGCAGGAGGACGAGGACGACAGCUAAAACCACGAGAACACAAACUGCUUCCCUGAAAAUAAAAAACCUGCAUCGUGUUAUUCUUCAUCCUCAUCAUCCUAUCAUCCUUGUCGUCGUCAUCUCGAUUGGGGGCGGAGCAUCUGCAUGGACCGGGCGCGGCUCGCCUUCGUAGCCCGGGUGUCUGACUGAGGGGCGAGUUUCUCCCUCACCUUCCUACCUGAAGACGCUGUACAGCGCCCUCGUGUGGACUGAGCCGGUAGUGAUGCAGCGGAGGAUCAAUAGAGCACAACACAUAAACCACGGCUUCCUGCGGGACAUCCUUAGUUAUGAAGCGCUCCGUACUCUCCAGAUGUGUUAAUUAUUAGCUUGUUAAACGUUUAAUCGCAGCACAAAUCACUAAACUGUAGCAAACUUACAGAGUUUCUUAUGUAACCAGUGUUCAUCUUUUACCGCUAAAACAUCGUCACGUUCCUGUCUUCACUUUGGCACUGAAGCGACGAGACAUACGCGAACAUGUCACAGACAUCCGUCUCGCCUGAAAUCUUCCGCUUCGAGAAAGAAAAAAAAAAGUUUAUAAACACUCAGCAGGUUUAAUUUUAACCUCAGCUGUUAGAUUUCACGUCGCUACAACUUACUUAGUUUUAAGCUUUCUAAGGCGGAGCCUAAAAGAGCGGAGUCCUAAAGAACAGCACUAACGAAACACGAGAUGGGACCUGCGGAAGAGCUAACACUGCUAACAAAAGCCGUAAGAGAGUUGCAGCAGCUUGAUAAGUCUCGUAGCUUCAGUGCAAAAGUGCCGUGACGCGCCGCGGAUCCCGGGACAUACGCUAACGCCGAGGCGGUUAUUUAAAUCGUUUCUUGUUUUUUUUGUCGUCCCUCAGAUCGUCCUGUUCCAGUCCAGUAAUAAUAAAUGUCUCGGAGCAGCUUGCAGUCCAGGGUCAGGGCGCGACCUCGUGUUCUGUCACGUUAGCGAUCGGCGAGUGAGUGAGAGAGAGCGAGGGAUAAAAGCAGCGAUGUGACUGUUUUAGUUACUGUGCCUUACUGGAGUAAACCUGUAACACACCCAACACCACGGACUCCAAACAAAAGCGUGCGUGUGUGUGUGUGUGUAAAUCCAGGCUGACGCAUACGACGACUAACUCAAAAGUCGCAGAACAAGUAGAGCGUCGGAGAUGUUUCACAUUUACUACAAAGAACGACACGUGACGAACGUCCAGCGCUAGAAAAGAGAACUGCUUGUCGCUCGCUAGCAGUUGUUGCGCGAUCAUAUGGCCUAGCUCCACCGUUAGUAAUAAUUAACAUUUCCCCUGUGGUUCUCACACACACACGCGGCUCUCCCGACGCUCAGCGAGUCUCCGAGAACUUUCCCCCCGCGUACAGAACGUCAGCUUCCUGUUUGUUUGUUUUUAAUCCAGCAUGCUAGCAAGUGUUUGUUUUUCUUUUCCUUUCCUUCUCCUCUGUAUUGUCGUGGUGUGUGACCUCACACAGCCUGAACGUGUCUGUCGUGUUCCACGUCGAUGUUCGCGUGCCGAGAGAAACGCCGGCGCUCCAGCUGUAAAUUACACUCCAGCUGUUUUGUUUCCUGAUGUGCAGAACUUGUACAUAAAGCAUUUUGAAAGCUUGUGUGUGUUUGUUUUGUGUGUGAGUGUGUGUGCGCGCGCACUUCACCAGAAAGCUUUUCACCAUGACUUAUUCAGUAGCUCGCUAACAUGCUGAGCGGCGCAAUAGGUUAAACAUGACAUUUAAAGCUUCAUGUUGCACCAAAACAACUGACUUUACACUGUUUUAUUAAGUGAUUAAAUAAUUCAUAUCAAUAUCUCAAACUGGAUCAGUAACUCAAAUGUGGAAAAAAAAAAGACAUCGGAGUUUAAUAGGAACAGCGCUCUUGUGUCAUCUAGUGGUGAAGUGUGAGAAUGCAGUUUUAAAAUGGUGUUGAUUAAACUCUUGGCACUGUU